UUCUCAACUCUCAUCUAAGAUACAUACAGAACAUAACAAUGAGUUUCAACAACACAUUUUCACUUUUUAGCCUCUUCUUGACCAUUUUAUCCCUUUGGUUUUCAUUCUCCAAUGCACAAAACUUACCUCAAGAUUUUGUCGAUGCCCACAACACAGCUCGUGCACAAGUUGGCGUUGCAAACAUUACUUGGGACAACACAGUUGCUACCUAUGCUUUGAACUAUGCAAAUUCAAGGAAAAGUGAUUGCAAUUUGGUUCACUCAAAUGGACCUUACGGUGAGAAUCUUGCCAAAGGCUCAAGUGGUACAUUCACUGGAGUUACUGCGGUAAACAUGUGGGUUAAUGAAAAACAAUACUAUGAUUAUAACACAAAUUCAUGCAUCAAUGGAGGACAAUGCUUGCAUUAUACUCAAGUUGUGUGGCGUAACUCUGUCCGUUUAGGGUGUGCUAGGGUACAAUGUACCAAUGGAUGGUGGUUUGUCACUUGCAACUAUGAUCCCCCGGGCAAUUAUGUUGGUCAAAAACCCUAUUAUUAGUAAUAACAAACUUCGACAAUAAUAUUACAUUACAGAGCUAAAAGGGCUUAUAAGUCUAUACUAUAUAUAUCAUGGCAUGAUAAUGUCAUGCAACAAAAUAAAAUAAUAUUUCAGUGUUGUUUUUGGUAAGUUUUUUAAUUAAGUGUAAUCUUCAUUGACAUAUCAGCUUUUAUGCUAUGUACUUGUCUA